UCGUAGUGUUUAGGGGCCUACAAGAAACGAAAACCAAAACAGGGUUUGCUAUUUUUCCACCCUAUAUGCAUGACACCCGAUAUUGGUGCUGCUUCUGCAAAGACAAGUGUAAAUAAUCUGUUUUCAUCGUUACGACAGUCACCAAAUGCAGCUGUCAGCCGCAGAAUACAGUGAAGAUGGAGGCACACCUGCAGCAGAAAGCAACCAUGCACAGCGUGUCCUGUCCUCCCUGAACCAGCAGAGGGCAGUAGGGAGGUUUUGUGAUGCAGUGUUGAAUGUAGGAGAUAGGGUGGUCUACCUCGCCCAUCGAAAUGUCCUUGCCUGUUUCAGUGAACUGUUCCAGGAGUCCAACGUGCCUGCUACACCGUGCAUGGAGUUCCGCCUUGAGGAGUGCCCCAGUGAUGGCCUGGAGCUGCUCCUGAACUUCAUCUACACAGGAGAGCUAAAGUUGGACUUUGACAACCUGGACAAGGUGCAGCAUGCAGCAGCCAGCCUGGCUGUGCCAGAAGCACUUGUACUCUGUCAGCAGUUCAAGGAAACCUCUGUGGAUCCUGUGCUUUUCAAGCGUAAAAGAGGCAGACCCAGAAAGUCUGCAUCAGAUACAAGCCCUCUCUCUUCAGUUAAAGAGAAGUUCAUAACAGCUGCAAAAGAUGAGUCUAGGUUUGACAGUGCCACAGCUGAUUGUAGAAUGGCUGCCACUGCUGCUACUACCACAACCACCACCACCCGUUCUGGUCGUGUAGUGAAAGGCCCCAGACAACUGGUGACUGGUGACAGCCCCACCAGUAAUUUUAUGGCCAUUGAAAAGGCCAGUGAGAGGGUCCUGAAUAUUCCUGUGGAGAAAGAAAGUGGUGAUGUUGCUGUAGAAAAUCAGACCCCAGAUCAGCCAACUGGUGAAACUGAGGUAACUGAACUGCAGAUUCAAAUAAAUGACAGUAGUGUUAGCCAGCUAACUGCAACAAUAGAAGAGGAUGAUGAUGAUGUUGGGGGUUUCGAAGGGAUCACAGAAGGCUCAGGUGAUGAGUAUGUGCCCACUGCCAAGCCGAGGUCCUCAGCUGCGUCCGCAUCAACAGGACGGAAACGCAAGACCCACAGUAAAAUGGGCAAAAAAGAGAACGGUGAGGUUGUGGAAGAGGACUCCAAGAAGUACUUUGUGCAGUGUUCCAUCUGUAACAAAUCCUUCAAGAGCAAAUACUACCUCAAAGUCCACAACAGGCGGCACACAGGAGAGAGACCCUUUGGUUGCCAUAAAUGUGGGAAAAGGUACUUCAGGAAAGAGAGUCUCUUGGUACAUGAGAUCAGAGAUUGUGCUAGAGUACAGACGUACAGCUGCCUGACCUGCUCCUCAACAUUUAAUGGAAGAGAUGAGCUACGUCUGCACACUGUGUCCCACACGGGAGACAUGCCCCACAAGUGUUCAACAUGUCCUGAACAGUUUAUGUACAAGAAAAACCUGACAAUGCACAUGAUGAAGGUCCAUGGUUAUCCUAAACCGCAUGCAUGUCCCCAGUGCUCCAAAACCUUCCUAACUCGGACAGAACUGCGUGUGCAUGAAGCGGCCAAACAUCGCGGUGAGAAGCCAUUUGUGUGUGAAGAGUGUGGCCAUCGAGCGUCCAGUCGAAAUGGCCUGCAGAUGCACAUCAGAGCCAUUCACAGAAACGAGCGCCCUUUUGUAUGUAACUUCUGUGGCCACGCGUUCUCCCAGAAGAACAAUCUCAACAUGCAUCUACGUAUUCACAGUGGUGAGAAGCCAUACCAGUGUCAUCUCUGUGGCAAAACCUUCAGGACACAAGCCAGUCUAGAUAAGCACCACCGGACACACACUGGUGAGCGUCCCUUUAGCUGUGAUGUCUGUGAGCAGCGCUUCACAGAGAAAGGCGCCCUCGUCCGCCACAAAGCCAGCAAGCACGAGGAAGGCCGUCCUCACUGUUGUUACAUAUGUGGCAAGACCUUCAAAGCGAAAGAGCAACUUCGUGUUCACCUGCGUCGCCAUAAAGGCAUGAGGAAGUUUGAGUGUGUGGACUGCGGCUACAAGUUCACUCGACAGGCACACCUGCGACGACACAUUCAAAUCCACAAACGCACUGAGAACUACAACCCCCGGCAGAGGAAGCUGAGGAACGUGAUAGUACAGGAGCUGGACGGAAGUUCUCUUGGGAGCAAAGCAACAGAAACAGUGGAAGCCUCACUGGUCAGUGACGACCCAGAUUAUGUCCCAGAGACUGCUGCUGCCCAGGACUCCACAAAGCCUGACACCAACUCCUCAACAGACCUCAGCUCUGGUUGCGUUGUGAGGGUGGUGAUCGGGUCGAGUGACACGGUACUGGGAGAUGUGGUGUCCAACCAGAACCUGGGACAUGUCGAGGCAGCUGAGAGCUUCUCUGUACCAGAGGUUUUGCAGCAAACGCAGCUGGUCACUGAGGCAUAUGAGUCCGCAGUGGAUAUGGAGGGAAUUGUUGAGAACAUAUCAAAGAGUAAUAACUGAAGGGGUGAAAGAGCCGACUGCGUACACCCCACUCAGAAUUAAGUUUCUGUGAGCACGGAAUAAGAGACACUUAAAUUGUGAUGGAGAUGGUGAAGGAAAGCCUGAAUCAUCUGGAACCAGUUCUCAACCAGGCAUGUCCAUUAAUUUUAGGUCUACAACUGGUUAAGAGGAAAGCAGCCAGUGAAAUGGUAACGCAAUCCACCUCCUAGCAUACUUAGGAAGUAACACAAUAUACGUCAACUGUUUAAUCUGUACAAGAACAGAGUUUAAAAAAAAAAAA